AUGCCUUAUGGUUGCUUCCGGCCUGUCUGCGACUCCAACUCCAAGUGGUGCGAGAAGACGGCCGACAGCCUCCGAGACGUUUUUGACGUACGGAUUGCUCGCAAAUUUUUUGGGGUCGGUGCGGCCUUGUUGGCCAUCUGGGUUAUCAAUUUGACCAAAAAGGUGAAAGUUAAGCAACGACCCCAAGGUUUGAAUACCGUAGAGUUGCUGCGUAUUGCCAGUGCUUCUUUGGGCAUCGGGCCCCAUUCUACAAUGGCCACCGCCGAGCGCCUCUACACAUCCGGCUUCAUAAACUAUCCCAGAACAGAGUCCACCGCCUAUCCUCCAUCCUUGGACUUGAAGGCCUUGUUGCGACCACACGCAAGUUCCCCUCAUUCCUAUCUGCACUUUUUUGAACCUACUAUUCAUUCUAUGCUCGGUCACUUUGAGCCUUCUCAAACCUUGUAUCUUUUUUUCAAGGCCAAUCAUCCUAAAUGGGGUAGUAUUGUUUCCGAACUGCUCAAAACCGGAUAUUCCCAACCUCGUGCUGGCCACAAUGCGGGCGACCACCCUCCCAUAGCGCCGAUGCGUCUCGCUCUUGACCUCUCGGGCGACGCUGCUCGCAUCUAUGAUUACGUAGCACAACACUUCAUCGCCACUGUGAGUGAUGCUAGUCUCAUCGCACAACUACCUCUUUUUGCACUGAUGCCCGAUUGUCGCUAUGAGGUGACAACAGUUCUGAUCUCAAUUGGUGAUGAGAAGUUCACAGCUUCUUGUUCGCGGGUCCUGGAGCCUGGCUUUACCAAAAUUCUCACCUGGCAGGCCGUGGAAGAUACCCAGUUGCCCGACAACAUUUUGCGCGCCGGGGCGACUUUCAGUCUCGCAGACAAGCCCAGCCUAAUAGAGGGUCAAACGGGACCCCCUGGUUAUCUUACCGAGGCUGAACUCAUCACCGCCAUGGAAAAGCAUGGCAUCGGCACUGAUGCGUCAAUCCCAGUGCACAUUGAAAAUAUCUGUGAACGAGCCUACGUCGAGCUCCAACCUGGCCGUAAAUUGAAGCCCACGCCCCUUGGCAUUGUACUGGUACAUGGCUAUCACUCGAUCGAUCCGGAACUGGUGCUGCCGCACAUGCGUCGAGCUGUGGAGGAACAGCUGAACCACAUUGCCUCCGGCAACGCCAACUUUCGAGACGUCCUGCAGUUUGUAUUGGCAAUAUUUUCGGCCAAGUUUCGGUUCUUUGUGGAACACAUCAGUUUCAUGGAUCAACUCUUUGAGGUCUCAUUCUCCAGUUUGGCUGAUUGCGGCAAACCACUCUCCAGGUAA